GUGUCUACCAAAGAGCCUGAACCACACCACACAGACCACCCUUUUCAUUCAACUGACUCGGACUAGGACCAACCCUGAAGGCUUUGAGAUCACUCCUCUCCCUCAGUUAUUGUCUGAAAAGGAGGAAGAGAGGUUCAAAAGUGGUUGCAAAUGGAUUAUAGCGAUUUAAAAAAUUCAGAAAACAAAGAACUUGAGAAAGACAACCUUCCUUCACUUCACCAAUACAGCACCCUCUUCUAUCCCAGUUUCUGCAAAGAAAACACCCUUUCACCCACCCCAAUUAAACAAACACAACCUAAUACUAAAAAAUAGUGAGUUAUUAGAAAAAUUCUCUAUUUCAAUGUUGUUCAUUUCUUUCUCUAUAUUUCCCAUCUUUCCCUCCCUUCCCAGCACACCCUCAAGCUAAAGCCUUGUCUUGCUCACUCUUUCUCUCUACCAUGCAGCCCCCUCGGCGCAAGAACAAUCCUCCAAACUCAGAAACCGCAACAACAAUGAAAGGCAAAAGAAACAGCAGCGUUAGCAUCUCCAUUUUCGUGGUGGUGUUCACCAUAUUCCUCUUUGGGGUAUUCAUUUACAACGAGGACGUUAAGUCAAUGGCCGAGUUCACCUUCUUGAGGCCUAAGGCUGAAGACAUCCAAGAAGCUAAACCGGAACAAGAAGAAACGGUUUCCAAGAAUUCAAGAACUCAACUUGAGAAAAGACAGGUCGAGGACUCCGAGGAGGAAAAUCGAGAACCAAUUGAUUUGAAAGCUGCUGUGGCAGAAGAGAAAGAAGAGAAGAUUUUGGAAGAGUAUGACGAAGAAAAAGAAGAUGUCGUGUUGCCUCCAGAAGACUGUGACUUGUUUACUGGGGAUUGGGUUCUUGACAACUUGACACACCCUCUGUACAAAGAAGACCAGUGCGAAUUCCUCACUUCACAAGUCACUUGCAUGAAGAAUGGAAGACGUGAUUCUCUCUAUCAGAAUUGGAGAUGGCAGCCCAGAGAUUGCUCUUUGCCCGAUUUCAAACCGAGACUUUUGCUUGAGAAGCUCAGAGGGAAGAGGCUUAUGUUUGUUGGAGACUCGUUGAAUAGGAACCAAUGGGAAUCAAUGAUUUGUUUGGUCCAGUCUGCUGUUCCUCAAGUCAAAAAGAGCUUGAGCAAGAAUGGUUCUCUUUCUAUUUUCACUAUUGAGGAUUUCAAUGCUACGGUUGAGUUCUACUGGGCACCAUUCCUUGUAGAGUCAAACUCAGAUGAUCCAAAAAUGCACAGCAUAUUGAACCGUAUCAUCAUGCCUGAAUCCAUUGAAAAGCAUGCUGUGAACUGGAAGAAUGUGGACUAUCUUAUCUUUAACACUUACAUAUGGUGGAUGAAUACCGCCACUAUGAAAGUCUUACGAGGAUCGUUUGAUGAAGGAUCCACGGAGUACGAUGAAGUCCCUCGCCCAAUAGCGUAUGGGAGAGUCCUCAACACGUGGUCCAAAUGGGUGGAAGACAACAUUGAUCCAAAUCGCACCAAAGUUUUCUUCUCCAGCAUGUCCCCUCUUCAUAUUAAGAGUGAGGCUUGGAACAAUCCAGAUGGAAUAAAAUGUGCUAAGGAGACCACCCCAAUUGUGAACAUGUCGAACACAUUAGAAAUUGGUACCGAUAGACGGCUUUUUGUUGUAGCGAACAAUGUGACACAGUCAAUGAAGGUGGUGCCAGUGAAGUUCCUUAACAUCACAACCUUGUCAGAGUUCAGAAAAGAUGCACACACAUCUGUUUACACCAUACGCCAAGGCAAGAUGUUGACUCCAGAGCAACAAGCUGAUCCUGCCACCUAUGCAGAUUGUAUCCAUUGGUGUCUACCUGGCUUACCUGACACAUGGAACGAGUUCCUUUAUACACAUAUCAUCUCUCAAUCUUGACUAACAACAACUUAUAAAUAUCCUUACAAAUCUCCUCAUUUCACUCUUUACAUAACUGUUAUAAAUUUUACUCUCUUUUUCUUCAUGCCUCGGCGUUUUUUAGUCUUGUCUCAAUGUUCUUGUAAGUUGUAAAUUUUCUUGAGACAUUUUCUCUUAGCUUUCUAUACUUGUAGAUUGAGAUCUAGGAAUUGGCGUUGCUUUUCAGUUUCACCCCUUUUGUUUCCUCUUGCUAUUUCUUCUUUGUUGAGUCCAUUUGGUUGAGGUUAGAAGCACAAACAAACGAAUUGUACAAUGAAUUCUUGAAGAGAAAAUAAAUCAACUAUACAUUGUAUGUGUUUGGACUGUUGUA